AUGGGAGCCGGAGCGAGCGCCGAGGAGAAGCAUUCUCGAGAGUUGGAGAAGAAACUGAAGGAAGAUGCAGAAAAGGAUGCCAGGACAGUGAAACUGCUCCUACUUGGAGCUGGAGAAUCUGGGAAAAGCACCAUUGUAAAACAGAUGAAAAUUAUCCAUCAGGAUGGUUAUUCCCUUGAAGAAUGCCUGGAGUUUAUCAUCAUUAUUUACGGUAACACACUUCAGUCCAUGCUGGCCAUCGUCAAAGCUAUGAACACACUGAACAUCCAAUAUGGUGACCCUGCCCGACAGGAUGACGCCCGAAAACUCAUGCACCUGGCAGACACCAUUGAUGAAGGUACCAUGCCCAAAGAGAUGGCAGACAUCAUUGGUCGCUUGUGGAAGGACACGGGUAUCCAGGCCUGCUUUGACCGCGCUUCUGAAUAUCAGCUCAAUGAUUCAGCAGGAUACUAUCUAAAUGACCUGGAAAGAUUGGUGACCCCAGGGUAUGUCCCCACUGAACAGGAUGUUCUGAGGUCCAGAGUGAAGACCACCGGCAUUAUCGAAACACAAUUUGGACUCAAAGAUCUCAACUUUAGGAUGUUUGAUGUGGGAGGUCAGCGAUCUGAGCGUAAGAAGUGGAUCCACUGCUUUGAAGGUGUCACCUGCAUCAUCUUUAUUGCUGCUCUGAGUGCAUACGAUAUGGUCCUGGUGGAAGACGAUGAAGUGAACAGAAUGCAUGAAAGUCUGCACCUCUUCAAUAGUAUCUGCAACCAUCGUUACUUCGCCACCACUUCCAUUGUACUUUUCCUCAAUAAAAAAGACGUCUUCACAGAGAAGAUCAAGAAGGCCCAUCUCAGCAUCUGCUUCCCAGACUAUGACGGUCCAAACACAUAUGAAGACGCUGGGAACUACAUUAAGACUCAAUUCCUGGAGCUGAACAUGCAACGAGAUGUGAAGGAAAUCUACAGCCACAUGACCUGCGCUACCGACACAGAGAACGUCAAGUUUGUGUUUGACGCGGUCACAGACAUUAUCAUCAAAGAGAACCUGAAGGACUGUGGCCUGUUCUAAGGAGAUCCCUCCAGAAUUUCCGUUGAGGGUUUUGCCCAGAACAUUCUCUCGUCCUUCCACCCCAAAAAGCCUCAGAACAAGGAGCUUGUUACCCUCCCCCUCC